AAACUUCUGCCUCGUCGCUCUCAGAUUCCGAAGGGGCUUCCGUGAAGCGAAACGCUUCACGCUCCUUCGGGGAGCUGGAACCGCCUUUGGAUGCUCGUCCCGCGGUCCCAGCGGCCGCGCUCAGCAGCGUUCCCGGCGCGUUUCCAGCUCUGGUGCCCUGCAGACUGCUCGCUCGGGCAGCCCGGCCCGAGGCCCCGCGGAGUUCGCUUUCGUCUCUACUUGCAGGUCAAACUCGGGUUUCUCCUUUACAGUCGCUCUUCAACUCCACCUCCUCUGCUUCUCGGUGCCGUUCAAUCCAGAAAGAUAAUUUUUAAAACCAACCCACAAAAGAAACAUUGUGAAGAAGACUUUUCAAAGAAAUUGUAUCAUAAGGCAAACAUGGAUGUGUAGAUACCUUACCUGGGCUGGGUGGUUCUGAGAGAGUUGUCACUAUGGAGGAUAAUGGGAUCAGUUACAGUGAGGAAGAAGAGCAAAGAUCUCUUGUGCCAUUUCUGGAAGAAGAAGAAAAAGAAGACCAAGGUGGCUGGUUCUCUGAUGUGGAAGAACCCUGGGAAGAUCUUGAAUACAAGCUUGAAGAAGAGUUGGCUGGUGGUGGCAGGAAGGGAAAUAAGGAUGCUUCUGGAGGAAUUCAAGACAAAUCUUAUUUCAGCAUGGAAAGAUUGGAACACUGUUUGGACAACAUUAAUAAUAUGCAGACUAUGAAGCAUAAUGACAGAAUUUACUCAUCAGUCUUGCAGAAGAACCUUAAAGAACUCAACGACAUAGCCAAAGAAAAGCAACUUGUGGUCCAAAAAACCAGAGACAACCUGAGUACCUGUCGGCUGCAGACUGAGAUGCUGGCGAAGCAGCUGCAGUACAUGGACAUUGAAAUAGAGAAAGAGGAGGCGGCUGGCAACGUCGCAGCCUCGUCCCGCCUUCAGGCAGCGCGCAGACGGGUGUGUGCCGAACUGGAGAAGGAGAAGGAUUCUGAGCUGGAAAUUGCUCUGACACUAAAACAAGACAUGCUUGAGAUGUGGAAGAUAGAAACUGAGCAGGGAAAAUACGAAACCCUCCGUCAACAACUUGAAACAGAUGAGGAGGAGCUGGAGACGCAAUACCAAGAACGAGCCAAAGCGCGGAUUCAGAAGGAAAAAAUAGUAGCACUGCAAGCAGAAGAAAAUCAGCGGUCUAGAGAGAAAAAAGAAGAGGAAGCCCAGAAAGAACAUGAAGAAAGGCAGAAAAAAAUGCUUGAAGAUGCCAAAAGGAACCACGAGAAAGCAGUGUGUUUCCUGAGGAAAAGCAUGGCAAGAAUUCAUGAAGAAAAUGCAAAAGAAGAAGAGAGAGCUCGGGAGCAUAUGGAGAGGAGGAUACAAGCUGUGCUGUCCCUGAAAACCAGCAUCGCUUCCAGCAGGGAGAAACUCCGAACCCUCCAGGCGUGGAAGAGAGCGAAGGCCCUGGCGGCCAGGGAGCAGGAGGUGAGGAUGGGGGAAGCUGUCCUGGCAGGAGGCGGCAAUGUUGCCAAGGAAAUCCUUCUCCAUAAACAAUUGCUACAGCAUGAAAAACAGCAACAAGCUUGUAGAGAACGGCAAAAAUCCAGAAAAAUGGAGAUUGUAUCUCGAAUUUUGCAAGAAAAAGCUUCUAUUCACAAGCAGAAAAAAAGUCAGUCCCGUACUAAGGCAAUUAAGAGUGCUCGUAAGCUUGAGGAUCCUGGAGUGUGGAGAAGGAGAGCAUGGCAAUACAUUGAGCAGACCUGCAGCCAUCCAGCCGGAGCAACCCCGCAGAAGUCGUGGCGCUCUCCAUCAGCUUGUUCCUCAGCUGGUGAGAGAAGUCCUUCUGUAGAAGAGGUUCCUAAAACACCCUGUGAUGCGCUCUGGGAAAGAGGUGAAGAUGAGAAGGAGAAGGACAAGACCCUUGCAGAACCAGAGUUCCCAGGACUUUGGAGUCAGGAACAUGACUUGCGCAAGAUAUCCAAAGAAGAAACGGAUCUAAAGAAGUUGUCUACAAGAACAGAGAAAAAAGAAAUUUUCCACAAGCAAAUAGUGUCUGGUCAUGAGUAUAAGGAACGUACUUUCUAUAGUAAGCCAAGCUGCAUUCAUUUCAAGGAUUUUGACGUCGGUCAAAUCUACAAAAAGAAGAUAGUUUUGAUAAAUGCAUCCUACAGUGUUAAUUCCUGCAGACUAGUGGGAAUCAGUGAAUGGCUCAAGGACUUCAUCAGUAUUUGCUUUGACCCCCCUGGCAAAGUGUGUGCUGGAAUGUCCUGCGAGGUGCUGGUGACGUUUAAGCCGAUGAUAAAUGAAACUCUGGAAGGAGAAGUCAUGUUCAUGGCACAGACAGGUUCCUUUUCAGUUCCAUUGAAAUGUACAGCCAAGAGAUGCAUUCUGGCACUAGAUAAAGAGCUCAUUGACUUUGGCAACCAUGUGGUGGGAGAGACAAUUUCACGGACCAUCACCCUGACAAACAGCGGAGCUUUGGGAACAAGAUUCAGAGUUCAGCCGUCAGCAGGUGACAGUAGCACAGGCAGAGCAACAGCAAAGUCUUCCCCUGAAACACUGGUUACUCCAAGUUUCAGUGCCUGUGUCCCCGAGAAGAAAGUCAGUACCAGGCCGGCGGCACCUGGGCUGGAGGAGGAGGAGCAGAUGUGUCCUGAGCGCAGUGAAGCAGCGACCGGCUGUGCCGGCCGGGGGGAGCCGGGGGGACCCGAAACGGGCCCCAGCGGGACGGACACAGAACAACCUGAUCAAAAUGUACUAAAUUCCAUGUCAGCUCUAGACACAGAGAAUGCCCAAAAUUUAGCGGAAUUUUCUCCUGAAGAAACAUCAGUCGAAAUUAUGCUUGGAAAGGUUGCUGAAGGUGAAAUUAGACCCCUCAGCUCAGUCAAACUGGAGGUCGUGUUUGUCCCAGCCGUCCCUGGGGCGGUGCGAGCAGAGUUUGUGAUCGUGUUUGACAACUCGGACUGCAAACCACUGUGCUUCAGCGCCAUCGGAGUUUCUGUUGAUGUGCCCGUUUGGGUGCCCGAUCCCAACGUUGAUUUGAAGAUCUGUAUGUAUGACCGACUUUAUCAGGACUGCAUUGUCGUUCACAGCAGAGCGAAAGUCUUGUUGCGUUUGAAAUUUGAAGUAUGCAAAGAAUUGAGUAAGCACAUGGAGCUGCUUCCGAAAACAGGUUACGUUCAAGCUCAGUCAUCCUUCAGCGUGCAAUUGAAGUUUCUGCCCAGGCACUCUCUUCCUGAAGACGCAGGGAGCUACUUCAAUGCAGAGACACGAGUUCUGGAAGCUCCAGUGACAAUACUGCUUGUGGAUAAGGCUAAAAAAGUUAAUCUUACUGUCCAUGCAAUUGUUACUACUUCUGAUUUGGAGAUCAGUCCAGCACAAAUCAAUUUUGGAUACUGCACGAUCUAUGAAGCUGUGCAGGCAAAUGUGAUGCUCACAAACAAAUCCAUCUUGCCACAAGAGUUUGGAUUUGUGGGACUUCCAGAGUUUGUUGAAAUUCAGCCCAAUGAUGGAUUUGGAAUUCUUCUUCCCCUUGAGAGCCUGACGCUGGACAUAAUCUUUAAAGCUAACAAGGCAAAAGAGUACAGCUUCGAACUGACCUGCAAGUCCGAGAUUAACAGACAAUUCAAGCUGUCGUGCAAAGCAGUUGGAGUCCACCCACCUCUUGAAUUGUCUCAUUCCUUGGUUCAGUUUGCUGCAACAGCUUUAAACGCUGUGUCUACAGCAACACUCUAUGUGUUGAAUUCCCACGUGAGCGUCAACCCCUUCACUCGUGCGGUCCCCAGGAUUGGCAGUGGGGACGUUGCCCCCGUUGGACCCGCUUCAUUUGAAUUCCACGUGCCAGAAGACUGUCCAGUGACAAUUGCGCCUUCUGUUGGAACCGUGUUGCCUGGGGAGAAAAGCUUGAUUCAAGUGUCCUUCAGACCAACAUUGUCAGAUCAGCUAAUCAGAGAAGAGGCAGUUCGGAGGCUUUGCAGAGCAGCUGCGACAGAGGCAGAAAUACAAAAAAGCAAGAAAGAUGAAAAAAGAGAGAGAAAGAAAUCGAACAGCUCCAUUAGCAGACUGCAGUCUUCCAGACAGCCUGUAAGGGAUGGAGACAGUUCUGAACAACCCAAAUCCCAAGAGUUAAAGCCUGAUUCUGAUGCUUAUAUGGCAGCCCAGGCUUUCCUGAUGAGGAAUUUCAGUGGGAGGUUUGACAAAUUCAUCAUCCCAUGCUUUGUGGCAAGUGGACACGCUGACGAAAAGAAAGGCUCUGAAAACCUCAGCUGCAGCCCUUACAACACCUUGUAUUUGGAGUUACACUGUCCGGCUGUAGCACCAUGUGUUGUGGUCACUUCAGAUAAUGGAAAAAACACAGUCAAUUUUGGUGAUGUUACAGUAGGCCACAGCAUGAGGAAGCAAGUUACAAUACAAAAUAUCUCCCCAGAGAAGCUGCAACUGGGAUUCUCAGUUCUAAAUCCCAGGGGUCCCUUCCUGUUGGUCAGAGCAGUCAGAAUGCUUGAGCCAGGUGAAAAUAAAACCCUCAUCAUCUCUUUUUGUCCAAAUGAUGACAAAUGGUCUUGUGAAAUGCUGGACAUCCGGACGGCAAAAACCAACCUCACCCUGCGCAUCACUGGCCACGGGGUGAUGCCGUCAACUGUUUGCUCUGUGGAAGAUGUCCUCGAUAUGGGGUAUGUCAUGGCCAGAGAGAAGGUGACUUCCACAUUCAAGAUACAGAACACUUCCACGCUGGCCCUGCGGUACUCCAUACAACUAGAUUCGCUUUCACCGACAAGGGACAAAGAUCAGCAGAGGAUUCCAUCCUUUAUUAUGUCUUCUUCGCAAAGAACAGAGUUUGUUGGAACGCAGAACUAUAACGGCUUAAGUGUGUUCAGCAUCUUUCCAACAGAAGGAGAAAUUGUUGCUGGGAAGAGUCAGGAUUUCACUGUUACUUUCAGUCCUGAUCAUGAAAGUCUGUACUAUUCUGACCGUCUCCGGUUUGUGCUCUUUGGCAAGCAAACAGCCCAUGUGCUUCGCCUGAAGGGUGCAGCGAGAGACCGGCCGAUGUUCGUGGAAGGGGGAGUUCCUCUUGAUGUGCCCGUCGAGUCCCUGGCUGUAAUAGCACCCACGUCGUCGCAGGACACACUAAAAGAAGAGCUACAAGGACCAGUGAAGUCCAUUCUCCUUGUUCUGGAGUACAUGGAUGGAGAGGGUCCUGCAGAGCCAGCAACGACAGAACUAAAAGUUGGAGCCAUCCAGACAGCUCAGUUUGCUUCGAAGAAGAACGUGGAGUUCAGUUUUGACAACCUGCCACUCCUGCGGCAGAAGGGAUUCGCCAUCGACUCUGUGAAAGGAACCGUUGAGUGUGGGCAAGUAAAGCGCAUCGGUGUUUCUUGGGUGCCACCUGCUGAUUUUUGUGCUGAUGACCCUCUGCUUGUGACAGCUCUCCUGACCCUAAAAGGUGACAUUAAUGAAUCCUACCAAGUCCUCUUCAUGGCAAGAGUUGUGUCUGCAUAUACUCCCACUGAGUGAGGGACCCAAGCUAAAUGGAAAGGAAGAUGGAGGCUGAUAUCACUGUGAAAUCAUUUGAUCUCAGCUGAAACAUGGGAAGAUUUUGAGAUCGUUGCAAAUACGUGACAGAAGCGGGAAUGAAGGUGACGUGUAAUAUUUCUGCUCUUUCCCCACAAAAUCCUAUGUAAACUCUGGUUCCGCUAGUUUUAUUUUCAAGCGGACCCUGUGACAAUCUUGUGGUAGAAGAAAGAAUUGAGGGCCCAAGUAGAUAGAUCUGCUGUCAAUCUCAUUGUCUUCCAAAGGUGCAUAUUCCCUCAGGAGGACGAGUGGCUUUUUCACACCUAUGUAGGUUAGUUUCAAACAAUGUAUCUUUUUCCAGUUUCAGAUGGAUUUUAAUAGAUUUGGAAAAUCCUUGGGUUUUCCCUCUUAAGACUGAAUAAAGCUUCUUAUUCAAAUCUCCUUCAAA